AGAGAGAGAGGGUGCACUGGGAGCUUCUGGUCUGGGGAAGAAAUGACUGCAAAUGGAGGAGGGAUCAAAUGGGUGGCUCAAAAUGGACUCAGAAGCGCCAAAUAAGAUCAGUGGACCCUGGCGGACCAGUGGAAAUGAGGGCCUUCCCAUAAAUGUCAAAAACCAAAUCAACCCUGUUUCUCAAUUCUCAUCACACAAUCUUUGAGACCCCCCGAUCGACCCGCGAACGGAAGUGAGAGUCCAGGAGGCACCGAGAGGUGUGGCCGGAGCGUUGGGCAACUGGAGAUGGCCAUGAGAGCUUCUUCUUCUUACGCUGCUGCUGCCGCCACUUCCAGAGUCUCUUGCUCUGUCUCUAGACCUGCUCAGAGGCCACAGUUGUUGAGACCCAUCUCGGUGUCGUUGCCAACCUCGACCACGCUCUCUCUGUUCGCUCUCUUCUCGCCUCCCCAUGAAGCCAGAGCUGUCAGCAUCCCCAAAGACCAGAUCGUCUCUUCCAUCACGGAGGUCGAGAAGACAAUUGACCAGGUUCAGGAAGUGAGCUCGGGAUUUUUGGACACUGCACAGAGUAUUUUCCAAAUUGUCGCAGAUGCUCUGAAACCAGGAGUAGAUGUCGCGGCUCCGCUGUUGCAGAAAGCCGGAGAACAGGCAAUCAAGAUUGCUUCCCCAGCUCUUUCUGAGGCUUCCAAGAAAGCCCAAGAAGCAAUGCAGAGCUCAGGCCUUGAUGCACAGCCUGUCAUGAGUGCUGCAAAGACAGUGACUGAUGCUGCACAACAGACCACAAAGGUAAUUGAGGAGGCUAAGCCUAUUGCUUCAUCAGCUGUCGAGACUAUCUCAACUGCUGACCCUACCGUGAUUGUUGGGACAGCUGGAGCUUUAUUUGUCGCGUAUCUCAUCGUCCCUCCAAUUUGGUCCAUCAUCUCUUUUAGCUUUCGUGGUUAUCAAGGUAACCUGACUCCUGCUCAAACUCUUGACUUAAUUUCCACAAAGAAUCAUAUCUUGAUUGAUAUUCGGUCAGAGAAGGACAAGGAUAAGGCUGGUGUUCCUCGUCUUCCCUCAAGUGCUAAAAACAGAAUGAUCGCAAUACCCUUGGAAGAAUUGCCCAGCAAAUUGAGGGGCCUAGUCAGAAAUGUGAAGAAAGUGGAAGCUGAAAUUGCAGCUCUAAAAAUUUCAUACCUCAAGAAGAUCAACAAAGGCUCCAACAUCGUGAUCUUGGACUCGUACACUGAUUCGGCAAAAAUAGUUGCCAGAACGCUCACGAGUCUUGGCUUCAAGAACUGCUGGAUUGUAGCAGAUGGCUUCUCAGGGAGAAACGGAUGGUUACAGAGUCGGUUAGGGACAGAUUCAUAUAACUUCUCAUUCGCCGAGGUUCUUUCGCCAUCACGGGUUAUCCCGGAUGCGGUGAGACGGUUCGGCACGACGAGCUCUUCGGGUGGAAAGUUGCUUCCCGGGUCUAAAUAAAAAAGCUCCUCUCCUUUUGUUCCCUCCAUUUUGCCAGAGAAUGCCUAACCUGUGAAGUCUCAGUUCAGAGUGAGCUUCCUCAAAUUAUCUGGCUGGUGCAAUUCUUUGAUUUAUGUCGACUAGUUGAUUCCUCUCCAAAUUUCCAUUCCUAUCACCACCUGAUCUUUAUAGGGUAGUGUCUCUUUCGGCUGCAUCAUCAGGAUUAACAAAGAUGAUUGCUUCGACUAAAAUGUUAAAAAAAGAAAAAACUUGGGUUGCCAAUCCUGGGUGGUAGUCGGUAAUUAGUAUCUCAAAAUCUCUUUGUAAAGCAACUUUCACAUGAUCGUUUGGCAAAGUUGCAGUCACGAGUCUUUUGAUUUUGAUUGAUUCAAUAAUCAAUUUCGAAUUUUUUGGUCA